AUGGAUGUAAUCCGAUCAACUCUUAAAAUGAAAAAUGAACAGGUUGUGAAAAUGCCAUGUCGACGAGAUAACCUUCACUAUAAUAUUAUUCCUAAAAAGGAAAGCCAAUCAAAGCAGCAAGUAGCAAACAUCAUAAGCAAAGAACAUAUGAACGAGUGUGGUAUUGUGUAUUGUGCAACCCAGGCAGACACUGUGGAAAUGGCUUACGUGUUAAAAGAUCAUGGCACACUUGCCACAUUUUAUCAUGCGGGUUUAGAUAGGAACGAGCGUGUACAGAUUAUGCAGUGUGCAGAUUAUAGAGCAUAG